UCUGUCUUUUCACAGCUGGAUCAGAUGUGUGAUGGUGAGACUCCUGACCUGGGUGAUCUGGAAGAGUCUGAGAGGGAAACAGUCCAGGCCAUACUGGAUCUUGUAGACCAAUGUGUUGGGAAGGAUGAGGACGAGAUCAGAUCCUCUCUUCUCAGUGCCGUCCACCUCAUUGUCAGUGCCAUGGACGGAAUGACAGAUGAGGGUCUCUCUGUGUUGGGAUCGUGUUGCAGUCCUCCAGUCUUACAGGCCCUGCAGAUCCUGGUGCAUCACGUGGCAGCAGGGAGUGCGGAGACCCUCUCUCUGAGAGAUGCUGGUCUGGCUGUUCUGACUGAGGAGGAGGUGUUUGGGAGGACAGAGAGUCUCUUUGGUCACUCUGAAGUUACACUGAAGAGAGAAGAGGACACACUGAGGACAGAGAUGAAGGACCAGCCUGGAUACCUUCCUCUAGUCAUGAGUAUCACUGUGAAAGGCCUGGCCUCUUUAGUGUAAGGAGGGAGAGGGAGAGGGAGAGGGUGAGGGUGAGAGAUGUGACCUGUUGCCACAAGAAAAGGGCAACAAGUGAAGAACAAACACCAUUGUAAAUACAACUCAUAUUUAUGUUUAUUUAUUUUACCUUUUGUACUUUUUGCAGAUCGUUACAUCACUGUAUAUAGACAUUGUUAGCAGUUGAUGUUAUUCUUCAACAACACAGAGCUCAAAGCAAAUCAGGGGGGGAGAAAUAUAUGUAUUCAAAGAGAACAAAUCAUAGUUGUUAUGCUGGAAAGUAGAUGGAAGAUGGUUUUCUUCUCUGUCUCAAUAUUGAAUUGAGAGAGAGAGAAUAUGGUCCUCUGUUGUGCAGCUGGUAGAGCAUGGCACGGGGUAGUGAGUUUGAUCCCCAGGACUACCCAUAUGUAACAGGUAUGCACGCAUGACUGUCAGUUGCUUUGGAUAAAAGUGUCUGCUAAAUGGCAUAUAUUAUGAAACUUGUAAAUCUAGUUUGAACUGAUACACUCAGUAUUUCAUUCCAAUAUUUGACUCCUGCACUAGCUGAGCUGAAGAACUAGUGAACAACAGUGUAUGAAUCCUUGUAACGCUUUCAGUAAAGUGCAACAAACAAUAUCAGAUGUCUCGACCUCCA